CUGCGGGAGAAAGUACGUCUCUGUCGCUACAGCAGCGCGGAUGAAGAUCGGUUUGUCCGCAUGCAACUGUUAAAAGGAAUGCGUAACAGGGAACUGGCUAAAUCUGCAAGAAUGUUCGGAUAUGACACAACAUUUAUCGUACAAUCCGCGACAAGAGAAGAAGCAUAUUUGAUGGGAAAUCCGCAAGUAGAACAUUCUGACGCAUUUAUGGUAGCACGAGGCCAACGAAGGCUACCAAACAACGGACUACAACGGAAGCGUCGAUAUGAUGCGAAAGAACAUAGCACAAUACAAUUCAAGAAGCAAAUCGUAAAUGAUAACAGGUUCCAUGGACAAGGACGGCGUUCCCGUUGUUCUAGGUGUUAUCGCCUAUUCCACCGAUUCGGAUCUUGCCCAGCUACUGAUCGUAACUGUAUUGCUUGUGGAGAACGCGGUCACUUCGCGGCAGCAUGUCGUAAGAAGAGCGCCAACAACAUUCAAGCUCAACAGGAUCAGUCAUCACGCUGGACAGGCAAUAGUGAGGAUAAAAAGGUAAAUGAUGAGAACCUAGAACAAAAUCUGUGA